UCCUUCCCUUCCUGUUCAACCGUGACUUGCAUUUGGCGGUGAGAGGCAGACUUUUGGAAAGAGGCUUCUGCUCGUAGGAGGAGAGCAAUGAACCUGGAUGGAUGGCUCUAACUACAGCUUGUUGCUUUCAUAUCAGAUCGCUAAUGCAGUGAAGUCUCCAGGUCUGUUGCAGAGGAACACACACCACUUUCAAGCCAAGAUGGAUGACGAUAUAUGGGAGAUUUAGUCACCUCCUGUUCAUCCACACACUUGUCUGGCAGGACAGAGCUGAGAGAUCAUCGCAUCCUGCCAGGAGUUCUGACAACAGUGGGAAGUAGAUCCCAUUCAAAUUAACCCGGGAGAGAUACAUCAAAAGUGGAUGAUAUUCACCGCGACAACUGCAUAAAAACUGGCUCCAGAAUGUAUUUAUUCCAGAUCUUCAACAACAGGAACUUAUUGCUGAUCAUUUUAUUUGUGAAGGUCAUCCUCAACUGGCUCAUUUUAAGUAUAAAGCGAAGGAUGCUCUGGAGCCUAAUUGGCCAUUUCUGCAUCUCCUUAUCACUGAUGGACGUUGCUUUGUUCACAAGCAUGAUGAUAACUUCAUUUUUUAAGACCUGUGAUAUAUUUGGAGCUCCAAUUGGCUUCUUUCAAGUCUGCCUGAUUCUGCAGUUCUUCUCGAAUGUCUACAGCGUCUUACAUUUUCCGAUCUGUCUCCUGUCCGGUCUUGAUUAUCUUGUGAACCUGCGCAAUCUCUCCAAAUCCAUAAGUGUCUUUCGGAGAAUCCUGUACAACUUUACUGUAGUCUUUUUAUGGAUUGGAGCCAUAGUCUAUGCCUCUUGUUACUAUAACUUCAAUUUGCCGAUGCUAACGACAUUAGACUCUAUGUUGUACCAAUGUGAUGUUCCUAUCGGUAUCCAGAGUCUAGUUCUGUCUGCCUUGAUCCUUAUCACUCUGGUCCUGGUCACAAUUUAUUGUUGGUCUAAUCUGACCUCCCUUGUCAGAUCCCUGCACGUAGACACCUAUUUGAAUGAAGUAGUGAUGUGGAGCUCUCAUCCGGCUGCCCAGCUACAGCCCCAGUCAAGCAAGAAACAAAUUCUGACCAAUGUUGCCAUGUGCUUUUCCGUGACCUGGAUGCCAUUUAUUCUGCUGCAGUUGACCAUUGUUUUGAUCUGGGCUCCGCUCCCUGCCUACAUGGAUUUGAAUGUCCCUUGGCUUUGCUUCAUUAACAGCUUCCUCAUUGGCACCGUCUACUGGAUGAAUCACAAAGAUAUCCCUCCUGACGUCAUCCCUUUGAUCCCCGAUGGCUUCUGCCACUGGGACUGCUGCAAGCUUCAGCAAGUUCCCUUGAAAUAUAAUGGGAAGUGGUUCCAAGACAACGAGAUCAAGGGUCCGAACAUUCUAAUGGCCUGAACAAAUGUGUUGUGAAUGCAACUGUCAUUGUAAUUAUCAAUUAGUAGCGAUAUCGAUCGCUGCCUCGUUUUCCAGCCUUACAGCUGCAUAAGAACGUUUAACAAUCAUUAAUCUGGAUUAUCUGAGAUUUGUGCAUGAUCAGAAUCAUUAAAUUGGAUUUUAUUAAAAUUCUCUCUCAACAUGCGCCUAUGGAUUUUCCCCAAGGAUGUCUACAUAUCUGUAAUUUCCAAGAUGCUGUUUAAAGUUUGGGAUGCAUUUCGGUUUCAUGUUUAUGAUACACUUUGUACAGGGAUAAAAGACCAGAAAACUUUCAAAAACAUUAAUGAUUUAUACUCAAUUGCUGGGAUUAUUUUCUGGGGACAUGUGACCACUAUUUGUGCCAAUCCUUUAUUCCAUUGGAAGAUUGCUGCUGUUGGUGUUCGUUGCUGGUUGCUGGUUUACUGAGGGCAGUGGGCACACCAGGAGGAGAUGUGAGGGAAAGGAAGCUAAGAGUUGGGCAGACAGUGGUGGGACAGUCAGGACUGGGCAGCUGGAGAGCAAUGACUACAACAAAGCUGCCAAACCGGUGGAGUCUCAACGUCAAUCUAAUCUCCACCUUAAAUAUAUCUAAUGAUCUGUCCUCCACCAUUCUCAGGGACAGAGAAUCCCAGAAAUCCAAUAGUCUCUGAGAGAAGUAAUUUCUAUGUACUUCAAGUUUUAAAUGACCAGCUCCUUAUCUUGUAGCUAUGUGCCCUUCUUUGAGACUCUCCCACUAGUGGAAACAUCUCAACAUCUACACCAUCAGGCCCCCUUAGGACCUUGUAUGUUUGAAUAAAGAUAAUUUAUUAGUCACAUGUACAUUGAAACACACAGUGAAAUGCAUCUUUUGCAUAGAGUGUUCUGGGGGCAGCCCGCAAGUGUCGCCACAUUUCCGGCGCCAACAUAGCACGCCCACAACUUCCUAACCCGUACGUCUUUUGGAAUGUGGGAGGAAACCUGAGCACCCAGAGGAAACCCACACGGACACGGGGAGAACGUACAAACUCCUUACAGACAGCAAAGGGAAUUGAACCCGGGUCGCUGGUGCUGUAAUUGCAUUAAAUCCCUCAUUCUUCUAAAGUCGAAGGAAUACAGACCCAAACUGCUUUGCCUCUCUUGAUUGGACAACCCUGUCAUUCCCACCACCAGGAAGCACACACUGCCACAGAUCUGUGAACUUGCCCAAACUGAUGGUCUCUACUGAAGGAAAAGCAGGGUUAGUUCCCCUUUUCCUGAAGGAGAACGGAUAUUCCCAAAGCAAACUGGGCUGGUUACUAGGAUAACACACAAAACGCUGAAGGAACUCAAUGGGUCAGGCAGUAUCCAUGGAGGUAAUGGACAGUCAACAUUUCAGGUCGAGACCCUUCAUUUGGACUCCCUGAGUCCUCUGCAUCUCAGACCUCUUCAAUCUCUCACCAAUUAGAUAAUAAGCUUUUGUUCAACAUUUUCCUGCCACAAUCUCGCACAUUAUAAUUCAUCUGCCACAUCUUUGCCCAGUCACUUAAUCUAUCUACAUCCUGUUAAAGCCCCUUUAUGUUCCUUUCCCAAUUUACUUUCCUACCUGUCUGUGUGCCACCAGCAAACUUAGCAACCAUGUCUUUGCUGCUUUCAUCUGUUAGUUAUGUAAAUUGUACAAGUUGAGGCCCUGCCAACAAUUCUUUGACUCACCGCUUGUCGCAUCUCGCCACCCAGCAAACAACCCAUUUAUGCUUACUCUCUUUGUUCUGUUAGCCUGCCAAUCUUUAAUCUGUGCCAAUAUGUUACCUCCUUAUCCCUUGGGGUCCCUGGGUACAACUGCCCUCCGGCGGGCACUUUGUUAAUGCAGCAGGUACAGUGAACCACCCUUGACACACUCGUGGUAAUCUUAUGUGCAAUCAUAGCACGACACUUCACCUUAGCAUUACUGUGGUCAGUACAGCGGGCUUCUGAAUCAGCAGAGGGUGGCGGGAGUUCUUUGCAAGUUUGCGUGACUGGCCCUUUAAGCAGUGUCGUUGAGUGGUAUAGAAAGGAGACAAAAUUCCAUUGCGAGUUGCCAAUGCUUUGUCUGAAGUGCAACCCAAUUUCUCCCACCAGUACUCCAUGCAAGGAUGUGUUCGUGUCCUGCGUGCCCAAUGGAUAAUACACUGCAAGCAGAAUGUUGCCUUGUGAUUACUCAAAAGGUAUAAAACCGCGGAUUUUUCCAAUGCAGUGCUGAAAAUUUCCAGGCAUCUUAAUAUUCACCACUCUGACUUUAUGCAAAGUCUCUGAGGGCACAUUGCUAGCUCCCGUAUUCUUCCAUAGGAUUCUCAUCUGUCGUCUAUAUUUCUUCGAUUAAGAUAUCUUUAUUAGUCACAUGUACAUCGAAACACACGGUGAAAUAAAUCCUUUUGUGUAGAAUGUUCUGGGGCAGCCCGCAGGUGUCGCCACGCUUCCAGUGCCAACACAGCAUGCCCACAACUUCCUAACCUGUACACCUUUGGAAUGUGGGAGGAAACCAGAGCACCCGGAGGAAACCCACACAGACACGGGGAGAACGUACAAACUCCUUGCAGACAGCCGCUGGAUUCGAACCCAGGUCACUGGCGCUGUAAUAGUGUCAUGCUAAUCGCUACGCUACGGUGCCUGCCCUUAAACUACCGUCUAAAUGUCUGAAUGUCUAAACAUUCAGGGUACCUCCCUUCUUGGUCUCCCAAUCUACCUCAUACACUAAAGAUGAUGUCUUGAUCUCCCAAUCUACCUCGUUGUGGCCUUUUGCACUUUAUUUGUCUACCUGCACUGCACUUUCCCUGUAGCUGCAACACCAUAUUCUGCUUUCUGUUUUCUUUUUACAACCUCGAUGUACUGAUGCAUGGCAUGAUCUGUCUGGAUGCCACAAAGUUUUUCACUGUAUCGCAGAAUACAUGACAAUAAACCAAAUUACCCUCUUUCGUCCCUGUCACUUAGAACAUAGAACAGUGCAGCACAGGGAAAGUCCCUUCAGCCCACGAUGUUGUGCCGACCUAUAUAAACCUGCUCUACGAUCAAUCUCACCCUUCCCUCCUGCACAGCCCAUAAACCUCCAUUUUUCUUACAUCCAUGUGCCUAUCUGAGGGUCUUUUAUAUGUUCCUAUUGUAUCAGCCUCUACCACCACCCCCGGCAGUGCCUUCCAGGCACCCACCAUUCUGUGUAAAAAACCUACCUCUGACACUUCCCCUAAACUUUCCCCCUCUCACCUUAAACGGAUGUCCUCUGGUAUUGGCCAUUGCCGCCUUGGCUGGCUGUCCACUCUAUGCCUCUCAUAAUCUUAUACACCUCUAUCAAGUCACCUCUCAUCCUGCGUCACUCCAAAGAGAAAAGCCCUAGCUCACUCAACCUUUCUCCUGCCUAUAAUGAGGCGACCAGGACUGAACACAAUACUCAAUGUGAUCUAAGAGUUUUAUAGACCUUCCACGUGACUUCACGGCUCUUGAACUCAAUCCCCCGACUAAUGAAGGCCAGCACACUAUACGCCUUCUUAACCAUCCUAUCAACUUGCGUGGCAACUUUGAGGGAUCUAUGGACUUGGACCCCAAGAUUCCUCUGUUCCUCCACACUGUUAAGAAUCCUGCCAUUAACCCUAUACUCCGCCUUCAAGUUCGAUCUUCCAAAGUGUAUCACUUCACACUUUUCGGGAUUGAACUCCACCUGCCAUUUGUCCACCCAACUCUGCAUCCUGUCUAUAUCCUGUUGUAACCUACAACAACCUUCUACACUAUCCACAACACCUCCAACCUUCGUAUCAUCUUCAUGACACAUCCAGUUGGAACACCCAAUUCAGGAUGGGAAAAUAGAAUUACUGAUGGAUUGAAUCCAUCAAUAUGGAUUGACAGAACAUAGAGUCACAGGGAGAUACAGCAUGGAAGCAGGCCCUUCAGCCCAUCACAUCCACACUGACCAGCAACCACCCAUUCUAUUCUGGGGAAUGAUAACACAGGAAAGCGUCUGGAUGUCAGUGUCAGCACUCACACAGGAUCCUGUUGCUGGAUCCGUGUCACCUCAGAAGAAGUUGUAUGCAGCAAGAUCCCACAAACUGCAAUGUGAUAAGGAGCAAAUAAUGUUUUAGUGGUUGAAUAUGGUUUUGGUCACCCUGUUAUAGGAAAGAUGUGGUUAAACUGGAAAGAGUGCAGAAAAGAUUUACGAGGCUGUUGCCAGGACGAGAGGGCCUGAGUUAUAGAGAGAGGUCGGCCAGGCUAGGUCUUUACUCCUUGGAGUGUAGGAGAAUGAGGGGCGACCUUAUAAAAGUGUUUAAAAUUAUGAAAGGCAUAGAUAAGGUGGAGGGUAACAGUCUUUUCCCCAGGGUAGGGGAAACAGUCUUUUCCCCAGGGAGUCCAAAACUAGGGGGCACAGAUUUAGGGUGAGAGGGGAAAGAUUUAAAAGGGACCUGAGGGGUAACUUUUUCACACAGAUGGUGGUGAAAGAAUUUAUUGUGGACUUCAGGAAGGGGAAGUCGGGAGAACACACACCAGUCCUCAUUGAGGGGUCAGCGGUGGAAAGGGUGAGCAGCUUCAAGUUCCUGGGUGUCAACAUCUCAGAGGAUCUAUCCUGGGCUCAAUACAUUGAUGCAAUCACGAACAAGGCCACGCCAGAGGCUCUACUUUGUUAGGAGUUUGAGGAGCUUCCAAUGCACAGGAUUGCAAGUGGCUGCAGAGGGUUGUAGACUCAGCCAGCUCCAUGAUGGACACAACCCUCCCCACCAUCGAGGACAUCUUCAAGAGGCAGUGCCUCAAGAAGGCGGCAUUUGUCAUUAAGGACCCUCACCGUCUGGGACAUGCCCUCUUCUCAUUACUACCAUCAGGAAGGAGGUACAGGAGCCUGAAGACCCAAACUCAAUGAUUCAGGAACAGCUUCUUCCCCUCCGCCAUCAGAUUUCUGAACGGUCCAUGAACCCCCUCAUUAUUCCUUUUUGUUUGCACUAUUUGUGUAAUUUAUACAUUUUUUA